ACCCGCCCGCGCCGGCCCGGUUCUUAGUAGCGCCGCCCGAGGCUGCAGCAGCGCAUCCCGGGGCGCGGCGCCCACCAGCACCCAUGGCGCGGCGAGGGCGCAGAGGGCUCGGUUCGGAGGGGGCCGGGAGCCCGGGCGCCCUGGAGUGAGGAGGACCGGGAGCUGGCUCUGGAGGCUGCGGAGGCGACGCCGGAGAGAACGAAGCCUCGGCUGGGAGCGGAUCUUUCGAAGAUGGUUUGGCUGCCUUGGAGAUUUGGAGAUCUGAUGCCACGAUGAGGACUCACACACGGGGGGCUCCCAGUGUGUUUUUCAUAUAUUUGCUUUGCUUUGUGUCAGCCUACAUCACCGACGAGAACCCAGAAGUCAUGAUUCCCUUCACCAAUGCCAACUACGACAGCCAUCCCAUGCUGUACUUCUCCAGGGCAGAAGUGGCAGAGCUGCAGCGCAGGGCUGCCAGCUCGCACGAGCACAUUGCAGCCCGCCUCACGGAGGCUGUGCACACGAUGCUGUCCAGCCCCUUGGAAUACCUCCCUCCCUGGGAUCCCAAGGACUACAGUGCCCGCUGGAAUGAAAUUUAUGGAAACAACUUGGGUGCCUUGGCAAUGUUCUGUGUGCUGUAUCCUGAGAACAUUGAAGCCCGAGACAUGGCCAAAGACUACAUGGAGAGGAUGGCAGCGCAGCCUAGUUGGUGAAAGAUGCUCCUUGGGAUGAGGUCCCGCUUGCUCACUCCCUGGUUGGUUUUGCCACUGCUUAUGACUUCUUGUACAACUACCUGAGCAAGACACAACAGGAGAAGUUUCUUGAAGUGAUUGCCAAUGCCUCAGAGUAUAUGUAUGAAACUUCAUACAGGAGAGGAUGGGGAUUUCAAUACCUGCACAAUCAUCAGCCCACCAACUGUAUGGCUUUGCUCACAGGAAGCCUAGUCCUGAUGAAUCAAGGAUAUCUUCAAGAAGCCUACUUAUGGACCAAACAAGUUCUGACCAUCAUGGAGAAAUCUCUGGUCUUGCUCAGGGAGGUGACGGAUGGCUCCCUCUAUGAAGGAGUUGCGUAUGGCAGCUACACCACUAGAUCACUCUUCCAAUACAUGUUUCUCGUCCAGAGGCACUUCAACAUCAACCACUUUGGCCAUCCGUGGCUUAAACAACACUUUGCAUUUAUGUAUAGAACCAUCCUGCCAGGGUUUCAAAGGACUGUGGCUAUUGCAGACUCAAAUUACAACUGGUUUUAUGGUCCAGAAAGCCAAUUAGUGUUCCUUGAUAAAUUUGUCAUGCGUAACGGCAGUGGUAACUGGCUAGCUGACCAAAUCAGAAGGAACCGUGUGGUGGAAGGUCCAGGAACACCAUCCAAAGGGCAGCGCUGGUGCACUCUGCACACAGAAUUUCUCUGGUAUGAUGCCAGCUUGAAAUCGGUUCCUCCUCCAGACUUUGGCACCCCUACACUGCAUUAUUUUGAAGACUGGGGUGUCGUGACUUAUGGAAGUUCACUACCUGCAGAAAUCAAUAGAUCUUUCCUUUCCUUCAAGUCUGGAAAACUAGGGGGACGUGCAAUAUAUGACAUUGUCCACAGAAACAAAUACAAAGAUUGGAUCAAAGGAUGGAGAAAUUUUAAUGCAGGGCAUGAACAUCCUGAUCAAAACUCAUUUACUUUUGCUCCCAAUGGUGUGCCUUUCAUUACUGAGGCUCUGUACGGGCCAAAGUACACCUUCUUCAACAAUGUUUUGAUGUUUUCCCCAGCUGUGUCAAAGAGCUGCUUUUCUCCCUGGGAGGGUCAGGUCACAGAAGACUGCUCAUCAAAAUGGUCUAAAUACAAGCAUGACCUGGCAGCUAGUUGUCAGGGGAGGGUGGUUGCAGCAGAGGAGAAAAAUGGGGUGGUUUUCAUCCGAGGAGAAGGUGUGGGAGCUUAUAACCCCCAGCUCAACCUGAAGAAUGUUCAGAGGAAUCUCAUCCUCCUACAUCCACAGCUGCUUCUCCUUGUAGACCAAAUACACCUGGGAGAGGAGAGUCCCCUGGAGACAGCAGCGAGCUUCUUCCACAAUGUGGAUGUUCCUUUUGAGGAGACUGUGGUAGAUGGUGUCCAUGGGGCUUUCAUGAGGCAGAGAGAUGGACUCUAUAAAAUGUACUGGAUGGACGAUACUGGCUACAGUGAGAAAGCAACUUUUGCCUCAGUGACAUAUCCUCGGGGCUAUCCCUACAACGGGACAAACUAUGUGAAUGUCACCAUGCACCUCCGAAGUCCCAUCACAAGGGCAGCUUACCUCUUCAUAGGGCCAUCUAUAGAUGUUCAGAGCUUCACCGUCCACGGAGACUCUCAGCAACUGGAUGUGUUCGUAGCCACCAGCAAACAUGCCUACGCCACAUACCUGUGGACAGGUGAGGCCACAGGACAGUCUGCCUUUGCACAGGUCAUUGCUGAUCAUCACAAAAUUCUGUUUGACCAGAAUUCAGCCAUCAAGAGCAGCAUUGUCCCUGAGGUGAAGGACUAUGCUGCUAUUGUGGAACAGAACUUGCAGCGUUUUAAACCAGUGUUUCAGCUGCUGGAGAAGCAGAUACUGUCCCGAGUCCGGAACACAGCUAGCUUUAGGAAGACUGCUGAGCGCCUGCUGAGGUUUUCAGAUAAGAGACAGACUGAGGAAGCCAUUGACAGGAUUUUUGCCAUAUCACAGCAACAGCAGCAGCAAACCAAGUCAAAGAAAAACCGAAGGGCAGGCAAACGCUAUAAAUUUGUGGAUGCUGUCCCUGAUAUUUUUGCACAGAUUGAAGUCAAUGAGAAAAAGAUUAGACAGAAAGCUCAGAUUUUGGCACAGAAAGAACUACCCAUAGACGAAGAUGAAGAAAUGAAAGACCUUUUAGAUUUUGCAGAUGUAACAUACGAGAAACAUAAAAAUGGGGGCUUGAUUAAAGGCCGGUUUGGACAGGCACGGAUGGUGACAACUACUCACAGCAGGGCCCCAUCACUGUCUGCUUCCUAUACCAGGUUGUUCCUGAUUCUGAACAUUGCUAUUUUCUUUGUCAUGUUGGCAAUGCAACUGACUUAUUUCCAGAGGGCCCAGAGCCUACAUGGCCAAAGAUGUCUUUAUGCAGUUCUUCUAAUAGAUAGCUGUAUUUUAUUAUGGUUGUACUCUUCUUGUUCCCAAUCACAGUGUUAGCACUGAAGCUAUAAAUUACCUGGUCAUUUUGUGAUCACAAGAGUCUAGCAAAAAAAAAAUUUCUUUACCCCAGAUUAUCAGAUUUUUUUCCCUCAUAUUCAUUUUAACAAAUUAAGGGAAGAUAUUUUGACACAAGAAAGCAGGAACAUGGAGAAAUUGGAGCAGGAAAAGAAUUUAUCAAAGCAAUAGAAAUAGCUUGGUGGUCCUAUGGUGUUUUUGGAAGUAUUUGGCAUUGCUAAUUGAGCAGUCCAUAUAGUACUACUUUUAGAAGAAACAAAAAGUCUGUUUUUUAAAGUAAUGUUUUUUCUUAUGAGAAAAAGGUUUAGAUAGAAUUGGGUUUUAUUAAUAUUAAUUUAAUGCUAUUAGCAAUUUCCAUAUACUAUAUUAUGGAAAAGACUGAAGAAUACAAUUCUGAGAAAUAUAAAAAAAUUUUAAUGGUAUAGUUAUGUUGAAAGAUAAAUGUUGCUAAGUCCUGGUAUGAUGGUGUCAGCUUCCUUGGGGAAGUACUUCUUGAGUUGUUUAACUAACAGGAUCUUUUACUACAGAUCUGGAUGGCUAUUCAGAUAACAGCAAAAAAUGAUAGCAAAAGAUCAUUAAAAACUUAAAAUAUAUUUUAUUAGACAACAUUUAUCUAUGAAUGAAUAUUUCCUUGAUGCUGGUCUCUGCACACAUAUACUUGGUUACUUGUAUGCAUUCACUGGUUGUUCAAUAAGUGAGAUGAUUACAGAUAACUUAAUACUGUAUUUUCCUUAUAUGGAAAACCGUUGUAGACCCAAUAACAGCUAAACCUUUCAAAAUAAAAUAUUUUCUAUUAUGAAUGUUGAUUUUCAUACCAAAGAAGAUGGAGAAUCUAAAAUUUGGAUAUGAUUCUUAUGUUUUUUUAAUAGAAAACCUUCAAGUUUAUUUUCCUAAAUAAACAUCAUAAUUGUAAAUUUUCUCUAGUAUUCUUCUUCUUUGUUCCAUUAUAUUCAAAAUGCAUUAACAUUUUCCAAAAUUUUUGAAGAGAGAUCUUUAUUUGGACGUGUGUUCAUUAAAUAUAUAAAGUAGUGUUUAAAUCAAAAGAAGUAUUUUUCUCUGCUUAUUAACCUUAAUUGUUGUUUAAGCAUAUUUUAAAUAUUUAAAACAAUAGCCAACUUCUGAUAUUUAAGUAGCACCCAACUUUUAAAAGCAUAAAAUUUUCAGUCAACUCCUCAGAAGGUAACAGCAGCAUAGAAUACUAGAAAAAUAAUCCAUAGUUUCUACUUUAGCAUAAGAAAAUGAUAUACUUAAAAGGAACUUAAUCAUCAUACAUUCAGCAUAUUUGAGUCAUAUAUUUCUCCUUUGAAAUUGAAAAUAUGUUCAGCUCAAAUUUUACAGUAAGGACACACUCACUGAUUUAUAGGUGUAAAGUAACAACAGUAACCUUUCCUCUUACUUGCUCUUUUAGUUCACAGCAAUACCAGUAUGUAAACGAAAGACGAGUUGGAGAAACUUAUAAGUACCUUUCUGCAGUUCUAAUUUGAACCUUCUUGCAUAAAGAAAACACAAGGUUGACUUUUAACUGUGCUUCACUUAUUAUGCUUGGAAUCUAGAAAACGACUUCUGAGGAAGUAAUUUUUUUCCCCUCUCAUGGAAAGUCUCUAGGGAGGAUGUCAUUACACACUGUUUAAAAGAAUAAUGUUUUCAAAAGAAUAAUGCUUCCGUUUGUCCUGCAUGGAUGCUCUUACUAGGAUUUAAACUUGCUUUAUGUGACAGAUUCUCUGUUUACUUAACCUCACUCAACAUUCCUCUCUUUUACUCUUUCUCACUCAAAAGAAUGAACUGUCUGAAAUGAUCAAAAGGAAAUUUUGAAAGAAAAAAAAAAGGAAAAUUACUCUUUGAGGUUACCAAGCAAACCUGAUCUCAGAUCCAAACUGAGACAUACUUUCUAACAGAGAUGAAAAGUGCAAGUGAGUGCCAAACUCGCUUUUCUUUUGUUUUCAUUAGGUUAAGGCUAGACAAUACGUUAGUCACCACAGCAUGAUCUAGUGUAACAUAUUAAUUCAUUUUAAAGUAGUUUUUUAAAAAUACGCAUCUUUAAGACAAAAUGAAUUAAAAUUAUGUGGUUUUUUUUUCUUCUAAUGAACUGGUAUUUAUUCCCUUAAAAAGAAACUUCCUCAGGCAGUGACUUAAGUGGUUAAGUGAAAAAAAAAAAAAAUGCUGAAACAAAUCACAGCUCUUCAUAAUGAAACAUGUUUUUUUUAUCAGGGAUAGCUCAUAUUUGAGUAAAACUAGGGAACUUUUUGUAACUUGAAAACAAAGCAAUGUUAAAUCUCCCUUGAAACUGAGUAAUCAAUUAUGGAAUCUGUUUCAAUGCUGCUCACUAUGGCAGGAGUGUUUCAAGUUCAUUGAAUAAUAUGUGAGCUGUUGUUCAGGGGAUUGGCAGAACUCUUGGUCCUAGCCUUAAAGAAAAUUUGAGAAUCACUAGCAUACAGAGCUUGUCAGUGCAGUAAAAGUGGUAUAUUCCUGGGAAGCUGAGGUGGGAGUAUUGCCUGAGCUUAGGAGUUCUAUGCUGCAGUGAGCUAUGACUGUGCCACUGCACUCCAGCCUUGGAGACAGAGUGAGACCCUGUUUCUCUUUUUUUUUUUUUUUAAGUAUAUUCCCUUGUUUGUAACUGAUUAGCUUAUUUCAGUUGAUGGUAGAUGAGACCUGUGGUGGUGGAUGAGACCCAGAAUCUUCAGAGAGAACAUUCUUUUGAGAACGUUGUUUUAAUUGUCAAAGUCAGGUGGAAGACCGUGUUCUGGAACUAUUUUAAUUAUUAAAAUGUGUCACCUAAGAUAAUGAAUUCUUCCACAAAUAUUUUAGUCAUAGUUUUUAAGUACCACAUAUUCUAAGGUUAUCAGAAAAUAUGUCUUAACAGAAUGUUUUGCAUACUGAAUAAUUUGUUUUUGAAAAGGAAAAUUUACAUUUGACUUACUCAGUUUUUAAAAAAUUAUUUUUAUUUCUAGAGACACAGUCCUUUCUGCAUCACCCAGGCUGAAAUGUAGUGGCAUGAUCAUAGCUCACUGCAGCCGCAAACUUCCCAUCUUAAGCGAUUCUUCUGCCUCAGCCUUCCAAAGUACUGGGAUUAGAGGCAUAAGCCAUCAUGCCCAGCCAAGUUAAAAUUUUUGAUAGUUCACAAACCACUCACAAAAGAAUCUGAAAUUUCCCCAAGUGUUAAGAGAAUGCAAGCUAUGAAAUGCUAUCUUUGUAAUCUUAAAAGUAAAUUCAUGUGUUUUCUUAAAAAUAUAGAACAAGAUUAAAAUGAAUAUAGUCAUAGGUAUGAGGGGCAUGUAAUUUAUCUUCCAACUGGAGAUACCUUUGAGAGUUAAAGGAGGAGCAAUUAAUUGUUAUUCCAGGACAACAGAAAUAAAUCGAAAUUAUACUAGGUGAACUGGGACAUAUGGUCAUCUUUGUCAUAGCUUAAUUCCGGAAAAAAGGAGUUAGGGAAGUGUGAAGGUCUAACUCAAAGUUUGGUGCUUUUUAAGCAAGUUUAAGGAACUUGAGAUGACCUGAUUGAGACUCCUAAAUCUACAGAUGAGGAAAGCAAGCCUCAAGCAAGGGGGGCCUGAUCCUUUCCCUGUUCCCUGUGUAUUCCCUGUCUGUGGCAAAGCCCAUUGGCUUGAUUCUCUUCUCUUUAGCUUCAUGUUGAGAAGUAGUUUCUUUCUGCAGUUUAUGUAAUUUACUGGCAAAAUGACGUAUUUUUUUUCAGCCAUGUUUCAGCUAGAUAUUUACUUUAUGCAUGUAAUGUCAAUGAAGUACUCAUAAGUUUUCAAGAAAUGACUGAUAUAAAUCAUACAUUCCACUACAUAGUCUAAAUAUUUAGUUUUUGGUCAUCUAUUUUAAUAUGUUCAAAUUCUGUUAAGACGUAGUCACUAUGUGAAGAAUAAAAAUAGGCAAAGUUGCAUUAUGACUUUUCUUCUUGUAUAUACAGUUUCCCUCUUGGUUUUGGGAUUUUUUUAAUUGAAUUUUUAUUUGGCAUAAAUUAUAAACAUACAUGAUUGUAAAAGUAAAAUAGUACUAGAAGGCUUAUUUAAAAAACAAAACAAUCCUCUGUCCCUUCCCUUCUCAUUCUUAGCUUGUACUUCCCAGAAGUAACCAAUUUCUAAUGCUUUGGCUGUUACAUAUAUUGUGUACUUGUUUACAAUAAGGUCUAAAACUACCUACUAAUGAAGAUUUAGCUCUCUUACCCAUUCUUUAUACUUCUUGGAAGAUAAUAGGUGCUAUGGAGGGAAAAGUCAGGGUAAGGAGACUGGGAAGAGGAGGCCAUAAUUUUAAAUGUGGUGAUCAGGCUAGGCUUUAUUGAUGUCUCCACUUCCAUUCUGUGUGUCAUUUUGAAAAUCUGUUUGCUGUUAAUUUAACGGGGUUUUAGGAAGGAACUGAAGGAAAUUUAUAUAUUGAGUGCAGUAUGUUUAAAUGGAAGUCCCACAUCACUUUUCAGUUGAGUUAACAAAUAACGAAUGACAAUAACAUAUUUACAGAGCAUCUACUAUAUGCCAAGUAUUGUUUUAGGAACUGAAGAUAUGGUAGAGAAUAGGAAUAAUAAAAGCUGGCCCUCGUAUAGUUUAUGUUCUAGUGGGAGCAGAUAAUAACAGUAAUAGUGCAGGAUGUCAAGUAGUGGUAAGUACCGUGGAGAAUAAAGCAAGGGGAGGGGAUGUAAGGUGAUGGUGAAUUGGUACUGUCCCAUAAACAGUGGUUUCUGAUGUGAUUACUUAUGAUCAGACACUUGAAAGAAAUAAGGGAAUGAAUCACAGGGACAUCUAAGAGAGAGGAGCAUUCCAGAUAGAACAGCAGUUCGAAGGCCCUGAGCUCAGUAUGUGUUUGUUGUAUUCAGGACUAGGAGGCCAGUGUGGCUAGAGCAGAGUGGGGGAGGAGAGGGUGAUAGGAAUAGGAUCAGAUCAUACAUGCCCUCACAGACUGCAGCAAAGACUUAGAUUAUGAGUUGGGGAGUCAGUUGCAAUGAACCGAGAUGUGGCUGACUGCAGGAGGAAUAAGUAGUAGGAAGUGGGUCCAGGAGGUUGUUUUAGCCAUGUUAAGUUUAAGAUACUUUCUAAAAAUCCAAGUGGAGAUGUACCAGCCUGGAAUCCAGGGGCAGGCUCUGGCUGAAGAUGUAAUUGUUGGUGCCUUCUUAAAGGUUAAACAGAAAUUUACUAGCUGUGUGAGAGGAGAAGUGCAUUCUGGGUAAAUGGAAUAGAAUAAAGAAAAAAGUACGAAAAAGCAAACCUGGUUCAGGAAUUCUCCAGACUGGUGGUGUUGGCCCACAGGGUGUGUGAUGGAGAAUGGGUGACGAUGAAACUGAAAAGGCAAGCAGGAAGGCUAUUGUGCAGGACUUUGUAGGACAUGCUAAGGAAUCUGGACUUUAUUCUGCCAUGACGGCUGCUCAACCAUUUUUAUGCCUCAGCGUAACUGAGGGCUACAACAUAACACCCAUCACUCAACAAGCAUGGCAGCAAUUUUCGUGGGAUAGGAAAUGUGUAUGGGAGCAAAAGGGACAUGGGUGAGGGGCGGUGAUGAUGCCACAUAUACCUGUGUGUGUGUGAAGCUUUGAAAAAUCCCUGAGAUGGUUCUGAUAUGCCCCCCAUAUUCCAUAUGUUUACUCCCUGAGGCGAAGUGGGGCAGGGAGGGAGUACCCUCUACUUAGAAAUCGCUGCAAGCAGUGGCAAGCCAUUAAAGAAUUUUCUGUUUAAAUAAUCAGAUUUGCAUUUUAGAAAGGCAAUUUUAGCUUCAGUGUAGAGGGUGGACCCAAUGGGGAAGAGGUUAGGAUGCCAUUUCCAUAGUCUGGGUAGAAGACAAUUAGCUCCUUGAAUAAGUCUGGAGAGGGAAUGUUUAACUCCUAGCCCACAGGCAAAAUGUGUGGCCAAAGGAAUGCAUAUUUUGUGAAAGUAUUGAUCAGAAAGAUAAUGAGUCAAGGAUCCCUAAUGGUAUAUGUGUCUGAGUCUUAUUUAUUGUAAGAAAAGCAUGGUUGCCUGCCAUGGCUCUGCUCCAGUCACCCUGACUAUCCCUUAAUAAGCCCGGGAAAUUGUUCAAAUAUUUCUGCCAUUUGUAUUUUCAGCUUGCCUUGUUCAGGGACUUCACCUAGAAUGGUAUAGCUGGAGUACAGGGUGUGUAUGUAGUGGCGGGUGAUAGAAAAUGAGACUGGAAAAGCAGACCAGGCUCCAGGGCAGGAGGGUCUCUUUUCCUCACUCCAUUUAAUUUAAAAAAGAGAUAGUUCCAAUUAUAUAAGCAUUGUGAUUAAUGCAGGCAGUUGGAGUACUUUCUAAAUCAGAAAAGUAAAAGUCCUGCUCCUUCUACAUAUCUCUAGAAAUUUGUUAUGGGGAAGUCUUUAUCAAAGAAUGUUCCUAUGAUUUCAGUAGAAUUUCUUAAGAAAAGAGCUUCUAAAAACAUUCAGUCAGCCCAGCACAUUCCAAAUUAAAUAAUGAGAAUUGUGUUUAGUAUUUAUUUAGGAAUUCUUUUCUGAACAAAAAAAUGUUUUCAAUGGUCUAGGCACUUCCUUUUUCUUCCAAAGAAAUGGUAAUAACAGGACACUAGAAGUACCUUUCUGUGUAAAGCGAACCUUGUCAGUUUUCCUUACUUUGUACUUUUCAGUCUCUGUUGUUUACCAUUUUUGUCCAGGAUCAGAGACCUCCAGUAAAAUAAAAGGAACUUCUGUUUAUUGCCUCCUUGAUAAUCUUGACUUCUAAACUCCUUUACUCCUCUCUUGAAAGAAUUUGUUUUACUGACAAAAGAAUGGAUCCAGGUCAUUUAGUAGAGUUCUGAAGAGAAUUCUUAGAGCACUCUAUAUAUUCAAACCUCCGUAUUUUUUGAUACAAAAAGGACUGAUGAAAGGAAGACAUGAUUCUUUUGAAAGAUUAAUUCACAGAAUUUUUUAUCACAGUUGAAAUAUCAAUUGCAAUAACAACUGAAAACUGAUUGCUAUUACUGAACACUGCCCUUAGGUGGCUCACUCUUAGGAGACACAAAGUCACUGGACUACAAUCCUUUAGGGCGGGGAUUGUGUCUCUUGCUCGUUGUAUAUACAUGGUUCUUACACAGUGCCUGGCAUUCAAAAAAUGCAUUCAAAAAAAUUUGGUAUUCAAAAAAUGCUUGAUGAAUUGACUGAUUGACUGCCUGAAUGAAUAAAUAAAUUGGUGGAUUAAUGACUGAAUGGAGUACGGAAGACUGUGGUCCCAGAAGACCUUAACAUUGAGCUUGCUGCAGACUGAAUGUUUGCCUCCUUUCAAAAUUAAUAUGUUGAAACCUAAUCCUUAAUGUGAUAGUAUUAAGAUGUGGGGCCUUUGGAAAGUGAUUAGUUUAUGAAGGUGGAGCCCUUGUGAAUGGGAGUAGUAUUCUUAUAAAAGAUACCCCAGAGAGGUACCUUGUCCCUUCCAACAUGUGAGGCUACAGUGAAAAGAUGGCCAUCUGUGAACCAGGAAGUGAGUCCUCACCAGAUACCACAUCUGCUGUGCUUUGAUCUUGGAUUUCCCUGUCCCCAGAACUGUGGUAAAUAAAUUUCUGUUGUUUGUAA